CACCGAUCCCCCUUAUAAUUUUGGCGCACAAUUUUUGGCGGAAUAUCAUUGAAACACAGGCCCUAUAAAAUGACCGAUUCGAAGAGGAGGGUUAAAGCGACGAAUAAAGGCGAUCAUGUAUGGGUACUGGUUCAUUUCGAUGACGACAUAUAUUCAAUUUGUAAACUCCAAGACCUCGAAAAUGAAGAGGGAGAGAGUGGGGAUAAUUUGAAUCUAAAAGAAGGAUCAAGAUGCAUGGCUUUAUUUGAAAAGGAAUUCUAUCCAGCUACAGUUAUUUACCAGGAUGACAACAAAGAAGAUGUCAUGAGAAAGAAAAAAGAUAGGGAGGCCAAAAAAAAGAACAGCAAGAAAAGAGGAGAUCAAGACUCAACUUGCUCAAUGCAACAGGCAGACAAUGCAGAAAAAGUAAAUGGAAAAUCUCAAGAGCAAGACAGGCCGAGUGAGAAAGCUGAAAAGUCUAAAGACAAAAAGGUGCAGAAGUCCUCAAAAGAGACGGAGAAGAAAUCUAAAAAGAGAGUUAAAAAGUCUACUGCAAAUGAAGAUGACAGUGACGAAGGCAGAAAGGAAAAUAUAAAUGCUGAAAUGAAAAAAAAGAAAAAAGAAAUUCAAGCUGAAAACAAGAAGAAGAAAGAAGCAAUAAUAGCCUCCAACCAGCAAAUUGCAGCUUCACUUUUUGCUAAACACAAGAAUGUAGAAACCAGCAGGAAACGUGUGCUUGAGCCCUGCAGCAUGAAUGCUCCUGAGGCCACAUCCAUCAGCUACACUGCUGUGCCAGUCUGUGAAAAACCUAGUCUUACUAGCCAAACUCAGCAGGUUGCGUCGUAUAUAAACACGAACAUUUCACCAGCCCGUCACUUUGGUUAUCAAGAGCCAAGUCCUCCUAGCCAAACCCAGCAGGUUGCGUCGUCUAUAAACACGAACAUUUCACCAGACCGUCACUUUGGUUAUCAAGAGCCAAGUCCUCCUAGCCAAACCCAGCAGGUUGCGUCGUCUAUAAACACGAACAUUUCACCAGACCGUCACUUUGGUUAUCAAGAGCCAAGUCCUCCUAGCCAAACCCAGCAGGUUGCGUCGUAUAUAAACACGAACAUUUCACCAGCCCGUCACUUUGGUUAUCAAGAGCCAAGUCCUACUUGCCAAACCCAGCAGGUUGCGUCGUCUAUAAACACGAACAUUUCACCAGCCCGUCACUUUGGUUAUCAAGAGCCAAGUCCUACUUGCCAAACCCAGCAGGUUGCGUCGUCUAUAAACACGAACAUUUCACCAGACCGUCACUUUGGUUAUCAAGAGCCAAGUCCUCCUAGCCAAACCCAGCAGGUUGCGUCGUCUAUAAACACGAACAUUUCACCAGACCGUCACUUUGGUUAUCAAGAGCCAAGUCCUACUUGCCAAACCCAGCAGGUUGCGUCGUCUAUAAACACGAACAUUUCACCAGACCGUCACUUUGGUUAUCAAGAGCCAAGUCCUCCUAGCCAAACCCAGCAGGUUGCGUCGUCUAUAAACACGAACAUUUCACCAGACCGUCACUUUGGUUAUCAAGAGCCAAGUCCUCCUAGCCAAACCCAGCAGGUUGCGUCGUAUAUAAACACGAACAUUUCACCAGCCCGUCACUUUGGUUAUCAAGAGCCCAGUCUGACUAACCAUGCCCAAGAGGUGUCAGCAGACUUGAACAAUUUCAGUGGUGAAAAUAUGUGUAAUUCUCCUCCCAGCGACAGAACUUUACCAGACAGUCGAUCCGAGUCUGAAGAUAUUCUUGACAUAAGCAACAACACCAGGUGCAAGGGUGGAUUUAUCUCUACAUCAUACACGGUCGUCAGUGGAGAUGAUUUCUGUCCUAGAUCUCCAUCACCACCCCCAACUUUUGAAAGCUGCAACGUUACAAACAAUUCCUUUGCAAACCAAAAUUGUUUUGAUUGUGAAAUGAAAGACAAAAUUAUUAAAGAUCUAAAGGCAGAAAUCAACCAACUUCAACAGAGUGCUUCCUCCUCAAAUCCUGAAAACACCGCAAGUAAAAAACGUAAAUAUCAACCGAAGACCCGGCCAGAGGUGGAACUGGCAGACUAUAUUGAAAUAGGUCCAAAUGGAGUCAUACCGGAGGGCUUUCAUCUUUUGGCACCUGGUAGUAAUAUUGCCAUUAAUUCAUUGUGGAUGCACAACACACUUUCGCUCAUAUCAAACCAAAGACGUCGGAAAAAGAAAAAGGCGACAAAGAAAGGAAAGGAAGUUAGAGAAACCCGUGAGGUUGAAAUACUGAAGAAGUUGAUGGAUGGUUUUUUUGACCCUUGGGAUUUGGCAGUCGAUGGGGGCACGGCUAUGUUUAAGCAAAAUCCCAUCUACGCGGGUUUGCAAUUGUAUGCAACACAUUCUUUGAAGAUGGACGUCCCAUACUUUAAGAAGUGUUGGAAUGCGAAAAUGGUUUCAGCUAGACAGACUGUUAAACGGCAGUCCUCGCUGAGCUCAAAAGCUGCAUCAGAGUAGAAAGCGAUCACAUUUCCAGAAUGUUUUUGACAGUUGUUUUUCUAGUUUGCUUUUGAAAUUCAAAACGUAAGAAAUGAAAAUCUUAAAUACAAUACUUGCUAUACAAUUCUCGGUGACUUAGUUAUAAUUGAGUGUUACUGUAUAUAGUUCUUGUUAGAGUUAGAGCUUCAGUUUUUGUCUGAAAGAGGGGAUGUUGAUGUUCUGUAAAUAAACUUUUUUUUACUUAUUUUGAUUUCUGUAUACGUUUUCAUCUUUUAAAUGUUCUAGUCAGUAUUUUACAUACCGGUAAUUUUACUCUUUUUUUACUGUAAUUUUUAAAAUAUUAUUUGUUGUCCAAUGUACUCAAUCUAUUUAAUUAUUUAAGGUCAGGCGACAUGUUCCUCAAAUAUAUCUUUUGUAGUUCUUCAUUAUAUAAUCGGUCAUAUUUGUCAUUCUCUUGUUAUUUCUACAUUGUUUUCAACAUGUUUUUAAAUAUAAGUUCAUUAAAAAUUGUGAUAUAGGCCACUUAGAUAAUUACCAAUAUGGGAUAUAUAAGAAAUAUCACCCUGUGGUAUCUUGUCCAAAAUUAAGUGCUUAGUAAUGUAAAGUACCCUAAUUUUUUGUGAUUGUACAAGUACCUACAUGUAUACCGGUAUGUCAUCAAUGGCAAAUUCUUGAUAAAAAUUAUAUAAUUUUGAGGAACAUGUCAGUUUUUUGGUUGUUGUAAUUUUGUGACAUUAAUAUUAAAGACCGUCCAUAUCAGUUGCUAUGUACACACCAGAGAUUUUUUUAUUUGUAUAUAUAUUUUGGAUUUAUUUUUUGCUUUUUUCAUUCAGCUGUUCUAGUCAUAGUGAUGUGAUGUUCCAAAUCUCAAUACUCUUAGCCCAUGGUCUUUUGACAAUUAAAUGGUUUCUAAUGUACUUUUAAUUUACUUGAUUUCAAUUCUUGUCCGAAAUCCAUUAUAUUUGCUUUAAAAUUACAAUUUUUACAUAUAUAUCAAUGCAUGUAUCUGCAAGUUCUUUAUGUAUGUAUAUUUAUAAUCAGAAACUCUGUUCCAAUUAUUUUUUUUAGUAUGAAUUGAUUAAGAUUUUCUAGUCUUUUAAAGGUGCAUUUUUUUUGUGUUUUGAUCAUGUUUUGUUAAUAGUGGUCUGAAAGUGAUUUGAAUUUCAUAUUUUGAUGAUAUUUUGUUACAUACGAUUUGGUAGUAUUUUGUUGACUAUGUUUUAUUAGUAUUUCAUUGAUAUUUUGUUACCUCAUUUGCAUAUGUGAUUUGCUGUACUAAUAAAACAUCAACAAAACACUACAAAGUAUUGGUGUUUUGUUGUAGUCAGUAUUUUGGUAGUAUUUUGUUGACUAUGUUUUAUUAGUAUUUUAUUGAUAUUUUGUUACCUCAUUUGCAUGUGAUUUGCUGUACUAAUAAAACGUUAACAAAACACAACAAAGUAUUAGUGUUUUGUUAUAGUAUUUUGUUACCCUGUUUUUUUCAU